AUGUUCUGGGAUUCUUCCGAUGACAUUGAGGAAUGCACCACAUCAGCCACUGGCUUUAUCAAUAAGUGCAUCGAGGACGUCGUCCCCACAGUGACUUUCCCUGUGGGUAGAUGGUCAGCCUGUAACAUCUACUGGCAUGGAGUGUCCUUCCAUGACAACGAUAACAUCCUCUCUGAACAGGUCAACAAGUUCCCAGGUAUGCUGAUCCGACUGAAAAAAGCUACACUGUCUAGGAGCACGAGGACAGAUGCAGAGCUCCUGCCUUGGGACUACAACUUCUACCCCCACUCCUGCAUCCUGCCUGAGGAGUAUCAUCUUUUCUCUACACAGGUACAGCACACAGCUAAGGAAACAGAACCGUCCCUGAAGCGCACCUUCAUCGUCAAGCCGGACGGGGGUUCCCAGGGGGAAGUCAUCUACCUCAUCCGCGACCCCAUUGACCUCAGGGUUAUAGCGGGAUCACAGACAAGGCAGUCUGUGGUCCAGGAGUACAUCCACAAGCCUCUUCUUAUCGACAAGCUGAAGUUGGACAUCCGUCUCUACGUGCUGGCCAAGUCCCUGGAGCUGCUGGAGAUUUAUAUCGCUAAAGAGGGGCUGUCACGCUUCUGCACCGAACCCCAACAGGAACCCAGUCAGAAGAACCUGAGCCAUGUCCUCAUGCAACUCACCAACUACUCCCUCAGCGUCCAGAGUGGGAAAUUUAUCCACUCUGACAGGCUUUCGUCAGGAAACAAGCGCACCUUCUCCAGCGUGCUCUACCGCCUGGCCUCUAAAGGAGUGGACAUCAAGAAGGUUUGGUCAGACAUCAUCUCUCUGGUCAAGACGGUCAUCACUCGAUUCCCUGAGCUCAAGGUCUACUACCUGGCCAACAUACUGCCUGUGAAACCAGGACCCACCUGCUUCCAGAUGCACAAUUGAGAGCAUCCUGUCUGGCUGUAUCACCACCUGGUACGGCAACUGCACCGCCCACAAC